CAGAGCUUUGAUAGGUAUGGGCACACCCAUCACACUCAUUCAAACCAGUUGUGUUCUUUAUUUAUUACAAAGGUGAAUGAAUGAGUUUCAAAGGCUCAAUUCUAUCAAACGUCACUUACUGCACAGUUUAAAAGUACAAUGUAGACCUGCGUCAGUUGCAGACUUUUAGAACUUAGUAAUCGGUUGACAAGUGAAUGUUGUCCAGGUCCCAAUGAGGAAAUUGGAAGAAAAUGAAAAUGGGGAACAGCCGAAGAUGAAUGCCGUCAGAUUGAACAUCAAGUAUGUCUCGCUGGUGAUAUUGAUCCUGCAGACGACCACGCUGGUCUUGACACUGCGUUACUCACGGAGUGUCCAGGGUGAUGGACCCAAGUAUCUCAGCACGACGGCAAUCGUCAUGGCCGAGUCUGUCAAGAUUAUGACGUGUGUGUUACUGGUGUUUGGCGGGGAAGGUGGGUGGUCACUGAAUAAUCUGGUGAAGAUAAUUCACAGCCAGAUCAUCAGCAAGCCAUGGGACACUCUGAAGCUAGCUAUACCAUCAGGCCUCUACACUUUACAGAACAACCUCCUCUUUGUAGCUCUGUCAAACCUAGACGCAGCAACAUAUCAGGUCACGUACCAGUUGAAGAUUUUAACGACGGCGUUGUUUUCAGUGUUGAUGCUGAAUAGGCAGCUGAGCGCCACUAAAUGGAUAUCACUGGUCCUCCUCAUGGCUGGGGUUGUAUUAGUACAGAUGCCGUCAAGCUCUCCUGAGGAGACAAAGGAAUCUCUACCACCAAAGAACCAGAUGAUAGGUCUGGUAGCCGUACUCUCUGCCUGUUUCUCCAGUGGGUUUGCUGGUGUUUACUUUGAAAAGAUCCUCAAGGGUACCAAGCAGUCUUUAUGGCUACGGAAUAUACAACUAGCUUUCUUCGGUAUUUUAUUUGGGUUAGGUGGAGUUAUAUUUAACGACGGCAAGGAGGUGCAAGCGAAUGGGUUUUUCCAAGGUUACAAUACACUCACAUGGCUGGUGGUGUUCCUCCAGGCUUGUAGUGGUUUACUUGUUGCCGUUGUCAUCAAGUACGCAGACAACAUCUUAAAGGGUUUUGCGACGUCACUCUCAAUCAUUUUAUCCACCAUUGUGUCUUAUUAUUUACUCAGUGAUUUCAUCCCAACAAGUUAUUUUUUCGUUGGAGCCACAUUUGUUAUAGGAGCAACGUUCUUAUACGGUUAUGAACCGCCUAAACCAAAAGAGUUGACGCAACCCCAAACCGUCUGAGGUAGAUCUUGGAGAUCUAAACGUUUUGUGUGUGUUGUUUGUUAGCUGUGCGUAUCGGCUUCGGAGCAAUUCAUGUGCGAUGCCAUUUUUUAGUUUUUAGGCAAAUUUCGACUUUCGAAUUGUUAGAUCUGGGGAACCCACAAUCUUAGUCUCCCAAUAUAUAAAUUAUAGGGCAAUUUAGAACAAGUUUGAGUUUGCACAUUUAGUUGACUUCUGACCAGCCAGUACAUGCGCAGUGACGCACUCACUCGAACGACACGAUUGGAAGUCUAGUCAACCGCGGGUUCCACGGUAUUCAACACUCCAUUGCCUUCAGUGUUUUUAGCUAUUGUGUCACUGGUUCCCCUCUGCGCUAUGUUAGCAUGAAACAUGCUAUCGGGACUACGGAAGAAACUAUGGUCAUGAGGCUGGUUCCAAAUGGUUGACCACAGUAGCCAACCAAUGGUGGACCAGCAGAGGUUUGAGUCAAAAUAGUCCACCUUUUAGUUAACCAUCGAGUGCACUCAAAGUUGCUCAUAGUCUAUUUGUGGCGGGUCCGAAGGUAAUUCCCACUCUAGAAAGACUUUGUAGUAGCCAAACGUUGAUAGAUUACAUUAUGUUGGGUGCAGACUUUAUAUAACUUAGUUCAUAAAUACCCCAGACAGUUUGGAUAUUUCUAUUGGUGAAGAGCUUAUCCUGUUGGGGUGUUCAAAUGUGUGAUAUUAACACAGCUACAAAUGUUAAAACAUAGGCAUGGGGCGCAAGCUUUGGCUCAGUCCUUUUUCACAUGGCCAUGACCCAGCGAAAGCUCGUCUUUUUUUCUUUUUGAAUAUUGCCCAGAUUCGUUUAUAUAGUAGCGGUUUAUUUUGUUCUGAAACUAUGUAUUAUAUUUAUUCUAGUAAAAAAAAAAACAUUAAAAAAAAUGUUAACUCAUAAAUUUUGGUUAUCUACCAUUUUAUCCAAUGACUGAUGGACAAUUUAAUACAGAGGAAUUUAAACGGUUUAGUUGGUGCAAAUCUUGGCUUCAUAGAGCUGAAUGGAAUUAUCGGGAGACUUUCGGACGGUCUUUUUUCACAAUUCUCGCCAGUAGUGCGUGUGCUCAGACCUACGCCCGCAAUACUGAUCAUGUUGGCGCAGUUAUGACUGCUGCCGCCAGCGUCUCAAACGUCACCAUUUGAGCACCUUUAUAACUGGCAAAGAUUGUAUUUCACCAUAAGAUGCAGGAAGUACAACAAAAUUGAAGUAGGGCGUACACCAUUUCAGUAAGCAAAUGGUUUGUCUUGGCAUUGGUAGCGAUGGUCAUUGUCUGCACUGAUCUACUUUAGUAAUUAAAUGAGUUGCAUACCAAAAUGGCGUCCAGUGGGCUUGGUGGUUGCUUCACAUUUCAAGUCACCCAACUUGGAUAUCAAGGCAAUACACUUUGCCAGAUGUAAAUUAAAAUUAAAAAUUAGUACAGUUACAUUGUGUUGCAUUUUAUGGGUUGUAUAUUUUUAUAACAUUAUAAUUUAUAAUUUUACAAACAUUGAAUGCAAGAACUUAUAACGUGGUGGAGGUAUCAUGAAUCUACUGAUGUUUUAAGAGUGCCUUAAAUUGUAUACAUUCCCUACUGCGAUUAUUGUAUUACCAAAUAGCAGCUUUAAUACAGGACCUUAUGUAUUUUUGUUUCAACUCAACAAAGUAAUGCAUAAAUGUUUUUCCACAUCAGUAUAUUUCCCCCUUUUUGUUACAACAUCAAUUUCAAUUGUGGUUGUCUCCACAGUGUUGUAAAUUUUAUGCAAAUUAAAUGCUACCUAUUCAUUAGAAUAUAAACAAAAAUCUGCAUGUUUAUGUAUAUUUUGAUAAGAAGGGGCUCCUUUUCACAAACACCAAGAUUCAUCUUAAGAUGAGUUGUCAGUAUCACCGUCUAGUGAUGUGUCAUCACAUUUUGAUAUUUGGGCUGGAACAAAGAAAAAUUGACUAGCGUUGGACUCGCACCUUCAGAUUAAGGUGCCGGCACUCUACCUACUUUUAAAGUAUCUUUCUAAUCAUAUGCAUUUUAUAACAAAUGGUUACAAAUGCUUUUCAAAGACCAACUCGACCGAUCCAAGGCAAUGUGAUCCUUUAAAAUACAUUGCUGCAGUUUUGCAACCAGUACAAAUUGUUGUACCUUAUCUUGAUUCAAAGACUAAUACCAGUUGCUGCAGUUUGCAACCAGUACAAAUUGUUGUACCUUAUCUUGAUUCAUAGAGUUAGAACGCACCUGGCUGGUUUUGCAACCAGUACAAAUUGUUGUACCUUUUCUUGAUUCAAAGACUAAUACCAGUUGCUGCAGUUUGCAACCAUUACCAACCACUGUACCAUAUCUUGAUUCAUAGAGUUAGAACGCACCUGGCUGGUUUUGCAACCAGUACAAAUUGUUGUACCUAGAGUUAGAACGCACCUGGCUGGUUUUGCAACCAGUACAAAUUUGUGUACCCUAUCUUGAUUUUGUGGUGUAUCUUGAUUCAAAUUAAUGCCAGUUGCUGCAGUUUUGCAAACAUUACCAACUCCUCUACCUUAUCUUUACUCAUAGAGUAAGAACACACCUGGCUGGUUUUCAACCAGUGUACCUUAUCUUAAUUCAAAGACUAGUACCAGUUGCUGCAGUUUUGCAUCCAAUUCCAAAUUGCUGUACAUUAUCUUGAUUCAGAGAGUAAGCAUACCAGUAACAACACAACUUUUCAAGACUGAGCUGUGGUUAUAUUUAUUAUUUCGUAUAAGUAUUGUUGGUUCUGAAAAGAACCAGUAGUUGAUGACUUGCGUUUCGAUCAGUAUGCUCUGAAGAAGUAAUUCUUUGGUGUACUACAAACAUCUCUUAGUUAUCCAUCAUGCAAAGGUCAAAUCCUAUUUAAUAUAUUUAUUCAUGUAAUGUUUUGAUAAACCUUUUUAGACAAUAAAUGUUUACUUCGGUGAUGGGGAGGUAAAAGGAAUAAAUUAUUCAGUAAAGAGAA